AUGAAUGUGUAUGGUGAAUUAACUAACAAUUGGCAGAAGAUUGAGAAAGCAUUGAGAUCUACAGCUAUGAAUUUUGAUUACAUCAUAAUGUCAAUUGAAGAGUCCAAGAACCUAACUAAUAUAAAGUUAGAAGAACUUAAAGCUUCAUUAGAGGCUCAUGAGAUGAGGAUGAAGCAGAGGAACUCAGAAAGGGAGAAGGUGUCUGAACAUGCACUACAAGCACGAUUCAUCAAGAAAUCUGAGAAAAAGAAGGCGAAGGAGGGAAAGAAUCUUGAUAAUGAUGAGAAGUCAAGCAAGAACUCAAAGAAUCACUCUGAUUCAAUCAAGAAAGGCAUGGGCAACAAGUAUUAUGGAAAGAAAGUUGACAUGAAGGAGGUGCAUUUUUACAACUGUCAAGGAUUUGACCAUUAUGCUCGAGACUGUCGAAGAAAGAAGGAUGCACGAGAAAAAUAUAGUGAUGAAGUGAAGUAUGCACAUGUUAAAGAUAGUGAUUUUGAGGAUGUGAUACUCAUGGAAAACACUCAUUCGAACACUGAGCAAACCAACAUGUUAUACUUGGAUUUAGGAUACAGUAACAACAUGUCUAGUAAUAAAACCUUGUUCACCAAGCUAGAUGAAUCAGUUGAGAAAGUGAUAAAGUUUGCAGAUGAAACACAUCAGGUGGAAAAAGAGAUAUCUACGUUGUCAUAA